AUGGCUCCUAAGCGCGCCGCCGAGGGCGCAGCAUCCUCGAAUGCAUUCAAGAAGCCUCGCAAGGGUUUCCGAGUUGGCCCAGAGAACCUGCCCGAGGGGCCCUGGCGUAGAAAGGUCGAAAAGAAGAAGGCAGAACUCAUCCACAAGGCCAAGAUCAAGAAGCAAUACGCCAAGAUCAAAGAGAGGGAGCUCGCUGCUCAAUCGUCAUCCAAGAAGCAGCAGCAGCAGCAGCAGCAGCAGCAGCAGCAGCAGCAGCAGCAGCUUGCCGACUCUAGCGACGAUGAGGACGAACCCAUGAAUGAGCCACAGACAUCAGAGGCACCUCAAGUGGACUCCACGUCACCAGAACUCGAACAAUCUGAAGAAAAGCCGACGCCAUCAGGCCCCGACCCCUCAGAAGUCCACCCGACCCGCUCAGACCUGAUUGCCAACGACGGCGAGCUACCCAACCCAAACACCAUCGCCGUCAAGCGCAAGCACGGCAAAGGAGAAGACGAAAACGACCAUGAUGCAGACGGCAAGGACGGCGAGGACGACGCGGGCGUCGACCGUUAUGAGCCGCGCAAGCCCCGCCGCCCUCGCAAGCCAGGUUACUACGAGAAACAGCUGGAGCACGCCGAGAAACGCAAGGCCGAGGCCGAGGCCCGUCGCGCCGAGAUCCAGCGUCGUCGCGAGGAGCGCGAGCGCAAGGUCGCCGAUCGUGAGAGGUUCCGUCGCGCCAUGGCCAAGGCCCGCAAGGGCAGCGAGAACGGUCAACGGAAGCUUGGCCGGGAGAGCUCGUUAUUGCUAGAGAAGGUGAAGCGCAUGGUUGGCAACUCCAAGUGA